CAACUGCUGAAUUCUCAUAGCAAGUGCGUGUAUCUUAAACUUUAAGACAUGGGCAACUCUCCAUUUCCAACAAAGCUUAAGGAUUUUGGAUAUGAAUUCAAAGAUGGCAGUCUGAAGGACAUCAAGACGGGCGGUGGAUUUGAGUUCAACGUCUCAAAGGACGCGGAGUAUAACCAGGCGCGGUAUGAGGCGCUAGGAGAGGUGAUCACCGAGGAGGUGUACGCGCUGCUGGAGUCGGAGGCCGGUCUGCAGCGGCUGCCGGUGCCCGCCAAUGCCGCCGACGGCGAGCCCACCACGUUCGUGUUCGCCAGCGCCGACUACCGCACGGCCGACAAACUACUGCUUCUGGUGCACGGCUCGGGGGUGGUGCGCGCCGGCCAGUGGGCCCGCCGACUGAUUAUCAACAACGGCGUGAAGGAGGGCACCCAGCUGCCGUACAUUGAGCGCGCGCUGUCCGCCGGGUAUGGCGUGCUGGUGCUCAACACUAACGACAACCGGCGUGUCACCGGCGAGCGGAAACAGUUCAUACGGGACAGCGGAACCCCGGAGCAGCACGCUCUCACCGUGUGGGACACCUACGUCAGGGGUGCAGCCGCCACCGAUGUGGCCAUCGUGGCUCACAGCUACGGCGGCGUGGUCACUCUGAACCUGGCGGUGCGUCGCUGGGAGGAGGUGCAAAAGCGAGUUUCGGCCGUGGCCCUCACUGACUCCGUGCACAGUAUGGGAGGCGCUCGCUGCGGCCCCGAGGUGCAGAAAUGGCUGGCAGAGUGUGCGGUGAACUGGGUGACCAGCUCUUCUCCCCUGGACACCGAGCUCGCUCGUCCGACCGGAGACGCCUGCCGCCGCUCGGCAGGCCACAAGCAGCACGAGUGGACCUCGUGGUCCUGUAUCGACGCCGUGUUCCCGUUUCUGGAGCAGCGUCUGCAGCAGCGGCGAAAGGCCGCGGCGCCAGCGACACCCACGGAGAAUCAGGGCGGUGAUGACGAGAAGAAACAAUAACGGGCUGUGAACGUGCUUGGAGAAUGGCGGAGACAGUGGACAGUUGGUGAAGCCGGUGAGCGCUUACUGAACGGGGCGGCAGACAGUAGAGGGGCCAGUAAGCACGCUGUUUCCCGCCUCUAAGCGCUCCGCUGUGCACAAUGUCUCCACUGUGAUGUGAUAUGUCGGACGGGGCUCUGUUUUCGCCGGGGGUGAUGCUCUGAAACUAUGCAGAACAUUCCCACACGUUUGCUAGACUUGUCGCAGUGAUGAAGAAGGCGCUUUCUUGUGUGCAUUGUACUUGAUACGACUGCCUUUAUUCGCCAGUUCCUGUUGAAUAAUUUUACACCAAGUGAUGAA